AUGCACGGAGGAAGUGACGGGAAGAAAAAUGUACUGAAGCUCGGUGUAGAGGAGUACAUCACGUCGAUGGAGGUGCAUUGGGGCCACAAAGAGGGCCAUACCCAGAUUUUCUGCCUCAGCUUUAAAACAAGUGCAGGUAACUCAGUCUCUGGCGGGUCCAUGACGGAGAGAAAUAAUACGGUCAAAGCGCCAGAAGGAUUUCAGCUUGGUGGUUUUUUUGGUCUGGAUAGCAACACAAUUGACAGGUUGGGGGUGAUUUGGACCCGUAUUUCGACAGAAGAUCCGGAAUAUUUGAGUGCAUUGGAAAGCGGCAAUUUUGCUACUGGGGCGUUCUCUGAGGGGUUAUCUGCUGCAGAGUCUGUUGAUACUUCGGCUGAGUCUGCGGAUACACUAGAAUCUUUCGAUGGUGCUUUAGUUGGGUCUACGGCUGCUUCAGCCAGGUAUGAAGAAGCAGACUCGACAUUAACAUCCACUGUCGGUUUAGUUAAAACGCAGGCUACGAAAGCCUCAGCUAUAGAAACAUCAAGACAAGAAGCUGUGAAGUUUGCUAAAGACCCGUCAAAAGACGACUAUGACAUAUCAUUUACAGAUGGCUCUGCAGAACCGUCCGAAGAAAGAUCAUCAAUUGACUUCAUAAAUUUAGCAGAAGACUCCACAUCGGGCCCUGCAGCUCUGGUAGACCAUAAAGCCUCGCCACUACCAGACCAUAAAGCCUCGCCACCACCAGACCAUAAAGCACUCCCAGCAGCCCCAAAAAUGUCUGUGAAAGAUUCCAUAGUCUUAAGCGAGAGAUUUGGCGCGUCUGAUCACGGAAAAGACUUUUCAGACCAAAAUUUAGUCAAUUCAGGCCAAACCGUCAAAUCCAUCGCUAUAUACGCGGGUAAGCGUCUUGAUGGUAUAACGCUAACAAACUCAGCACCCAAACCCCUCACUUUUACCCACGGCGGUACUGGUGGAGAGCGGAAGGAACUCCAGCUUGCUUCCUCACGAGCGCGGGAAACACGCUUUCGGGGGGGGUCGAUGACAAGUGAUAAGAAAACGGUAAAAGCCCCCGAAGGCUUUCAGUUGGCCGGUUUUUUUGGCAAGGAUGGCCAGGAGAUUGACGCGCUGGGAGCGGUUUGGGCGUAUAUUGAUCUCGUCAAACCCGAGCCAACGCCACCACCGGACCAUAAAGCCCCGCCACCACCAGACCAUAAAGCUCCACCAUCACCAGACCAUAAAGCCCCACCAUCACCAGACAAUAAAGCCCCGCCACCAUCAGAUCCUAAAGCCCCACCACCAGACAAUAAAGCCUCGCCACCACCAGAUCAUAAAGCCCCACCCCCACCAGACAAUAAAGCCCCGCCACCAUCAGAUCCUAAAGCCCCACCACCAGACCAUAAAGCACCCCCAGCAGCCCCAACAAUGUCUGUGAAAGAUUCCAUAGUCUUAAGCGAGAGAUUUGGCGCGUCUGAUCACGGAAAAGACUUUUCAGACCAAAAUUUAGUCAAUUCAGGCCAAACCGUCAAAUCCAUCGCUAUAUACGCGGGUAAGCGUCUUGAUGGUAUAACGCUAACAAACUCAGCACCCAAACCCCUCACUUUUACCCACGGCGGUACUGGUGGAGAGCGGAAGGAACUCCAGCUUGGUAAGGACGAGCACAUCAAUUCGAUGGAGGUUCACUGGGGCAAAAAAGAUGGUCAUACACGAAUUUUCUACGUGAGCUUCCUCACGAGCGCGGGAAACACGCUUUCGGGGGGGUCGAUGACAAGUGAUAAGAAAACGGUAAAAGCCCCCGAAGGCUUUCAGUUGGCCGGUUUUUUUGGCAAGGAUGGCCAGGAGAUUGACGCGCUGGGAGCGGUUUGGGCGUAUAUUGAUCUCGUCAAACCCGCGGCAACGCCGGUCCUACCUCCAAUUACCGUUGAAGACUCGCCAGACGCAGCUGCUGAAGAUGAUAUAGCAGGAAGCUUGUCGGAAGUGAAGACAAAGACAAACAAGAGAGCCGUUCAAUUGAGUGAGUCGUUUGGUGGGCCUCACGGAGAACAGUUUUCUGAUCAGCCCGCUGUCAUUUCUGGAAUGACCGUCGCUUCCGUCACGAUUCGUGCGGCAAAGCGUCUUGACGGUCUCACGGUUCGAGUGUCUGCACCGAAGGAGAUGACAUUCACACAUGGCGGAACCGGUGGCAAGGAAAACACCCUUACGCUCGAACCAGGUGAGUACAUUACGACUAUGGAGGUGCACUGGGCUAAGAAACAAGUAGAUGGUAAAACGCGUAUCUUUUACUUGAGCUUGGGUACGAGCAAAGGGAAAACAGUCUCCGGUGGAACGAAGACGGCUGAAAAGGGAUCGGUAACAGCGCCCGAGGGCUACCAACUUGCCGGCUUUUUUGGUCGGGAUGGCGACGAAAUUGACCAUUUGGGUGCGGUGUGGUCAAGUAUUGCAGCAGUUAACGAGACCAUUCUCCCCUCAGCAAAUGACGACAUUGCACUUAGCGAGUUAUUUGGCGGCCCCCACGGCAUUGCAUUCUCGGACAUUACUAAGAUCAAGUUUGGGCAGACAGUCAGCUCUGUUACGAUUCGAUCGGCAGAGCGAGUUGAUGCCGUGACGCUGCAAAUCACUUCACCUCUACCAUUGACUUUCAAUCACGGCGGUCAUGGUGGAACCGAGAAGACACUUACACUCGCUCCAGAUGAGGUCAUCACGUCCGUCGAAGCUCACUGGGCGAAGAAGAACGGGCAAACGCGAGUAUUCUAUGUAUGUUUCACCACUAGUGCCGGCAAUAGGCUUGCUGGUGGAACUCAAACAGAUCAAAAGGGCACUGCGACGGCCCCCGAAGGCUUUGUUCUUAGCGGGUUUUACGGCCGCGCUGAAGGUGAAGUGGAUCAACUUGGUGUAAUAUGGACCAGAAAGACAGCAAAGAACAUUUUACUUACAGAUCCGUCUGGUGUGGGGAAUACCACGUACGGUACAACAAUUCGUAAUUGGGUAGGCCCCACCAUCGGCAAAUCCAGUGAUACAGCGUGCUACCGCAAGACAACUGCCUUCGACAGUGCCAACAUGUGUCCGUUUGGCUACGGCAAAGAAGAUACUAAUUGCAUCGUCCAGUGUCCAUUGGCGUACCCAGUUGAGUGUGCGACGGAGUGUCUUCCUCAGAACGGUGACUGUGCUCUCGACAUUCUCUCUAAAGCCGGCUCAGUUGUUGCUGUGGCACUAAACGUGGCCACUGCUGGCGUAUUUACCAGCAUUUAUAAAGCCUACGAAACCACAAAGUGGGCUGUUAUGUGCGCUAAGAACAUUUACGAAGUGAUUCACGGCAUCAUAUUCUACCUCCGUUAUCGACAAGUUUCAGCACCACAAGGUGAUAUAGAAGAGUUGCUCACCAUCGCCUACCAGUCAGAGCUCGUUCUGUAUGAUCUCCCCGUGGCUGUAAUGACUUGCUUGAGGAUGCCCAUUAGCCCGAACGCCAAAUAUGGAAAAUAUGUAAUUGCUGUCGUGGCAGGUAUCUUGAAGGCAGUGGUUACCAUGCCCGACGAAAUCAUUUCGACUGGAGCGAAUGUGAUGAGCUUACUCUCUGGUAAUGGAUUGAUAAACGAUACAACCAUAAAGGUGGAUGAACUGGACGAUCUGGUCUCCAAGAACACAAGCUGUGGCUACGAGCUUAAGCGUCUUACUGAUCGUGUCACCCGCGCCGUUCUCAAGUAUCGUAGCACAGGUGCUUCCAUCGAUGAUAUUCGGGUGAAGGUGUACGAUUCAUCGAUCGUGCGAAAUGAUAUCCCCAUUGUCACGAACAAUUGUAUGAAUGAAUUACUGCGUGACAAAACUAAGGAGACAGCGUACGAGACGCGCGAUCUCCUUCGAAAGACAUUUGGAGUAAUUGUUGAUCAGCUCAUUGAUACUGGUAAAACGGACAAAGGUGUAAACGUGGCCGAUAAGGAGUAUAUGCUGGAAGUGGCCAAUAUGGGUCUCCUUGCAUUGUCAGCUCUUGAUCCUACCUAUAUCGCGUACAUGACUUCACAGUUUGUCCAACCUUUGUGUUUACCGAAUGCGUACGUCGGUGAAAUUGACGACGGAACACUAUACGACGCGUUGGGACUUCAAACUGUGGACGAGGCAUUCAAAGGCAGCUAUGGGUCAUACACACACGCGGGUGACGGUGUCAUUAAUCUCAUCUUUGAAAGCGUCGACACAAAAGAUGUGACUGUCGUUAUACACUCUGGUGGAGAUGAGUACGCAAAGGUCGAUGUCGGUGCGGGUGACACCACUUCAUGGGAUGCUGCUAUUCCCGAACUAGAAGACAAGACCUUGUAUUUGGAUCGUUGGCGUCCAGGUAUCUUUGGUUUACCGGGCUCAGGUGGUGGCUCACUAUUACUAUGGAUCCCUCGAUCGUCAGAGGGAGGUCAUAUUACCAUGCACGUGCGGAUUAAUCCGUCUUAG